AUGACAGAAUUGGUUUCGGCAAAUCCAAAUCAAAGGAAUUGGCGCGGUAUACUGAUUGCUCUACUCGUUAUCAUCGCAGUUCUCGCUCUAAUUGUUACAUCUGUUGUACUGCUAACACCUCCAGAAGAAGGACCUCGAAUUAGGGGUUCUCGUAUAAAACUCUCGGAGGUAUUAUAUAGAGAGCUAUUGCCUUUGCUCUUUAACGGUUCGUGGGUGAGUAACCGAUAUAUAUGUUACCGUGACAUUUGGGGUGGGAUUUCCCUUCUUGAUGCAUCUGAUCCUAAUGUUACCUCUUGGAGCUUAAUGCCGAAUGAGACCUUUAGGAGACUUGCUCCAAUAAAAUUCUCUCUAUCUCCUGACCAUAAGUACUUGCUCUUAACUCAAAAUGUCAAAAAAUUAUUUCGAUAUUCAUACUUAGCGCAAUAUAUAGUUUAUGAUGUCAAUACCAGAGAAACAGCUUUACUGGCAAUGAAUUCUGAAAAAAAUAAUCAUCCAUAUUUACUUUUGGCACAAUGGACCCCUCAUGGACAUGGCCUUAUUAUAGUUCAGGACUAUGAUAUAUAUUAUUUAACAGAGCCAUUCAAUAAUUUACGUUAUCGUGUUACAAAUUCUGCUAUACCUGGCAUUCUAUCUAAUGGAUUACCUGAUUGGCUGUAUGAAGAAGAGAUUUUGCAUAGUUCAGAAGCAAUAUGGAUGUCAAAAGAUUCGCAUAUUCUCCUUUAUGCAAGUUUCAAUGAUUCCUUGGUUGGAGAAAUGCAUACUUCCUGGUAUGGAAAUAUCAACAAAUCACUAUAUCCUGAUAUUCGAUCACUACGCUAUCCAAAGCCCGAUACUCCCAACCCACUGGUGAUGCUGUUUGUCGCUGACUUAGCUGAUCCCAAAAAUAUACAUACAAAAUUAGUGAAACCGCCGCCUAUCAUUGCGAAUGCCGAACACUACUUUACUACUGCAUCCUGGAUUUCGUCAACAGAAAUAUGUAUAACAUGGAUGAAUCGACCACAAAAUAUUUCUGUGGUAACAGUUUGCAAAAGUCCAUUAUGGAAAUGUCAGGAAAUUCAGAGAAUAGUUGGUGAAAAUCACGGUUGGGUUGAUACUCCACCUGAAGCUCCUGUUUUUUCAACAAAUGGUUCAAGUUAUAUUACUAUUGCUCCGGUAAAAGAUGGCCCAACAGGAUUCUACAAACAUAUAGUAUGGGUUAAUGUUUUAAGAGAACAAAUUGUACCUUUAACUCAUGGGAAAUUUGAAGUUACCAGAAUACUUGCUUGGGACCAAGUUAAUAAUACUAUAUACUUCAUGGGAAUACCUACGAAUCGUCCAUCACAGCGUCAUUUAUACCGCGUGAGUUCGCAAAUUCCUCAAGUCGGUAGAUCUUUGCAUUCUGCAAUAUGCUUGAGUUGCAGCGUCUUCUCAAAACACGAAAAUCAUAAUAUUGUAGAUAAUGAUGCAGCAAAAACACUUGAUUUUGAUCACAUUCAUCUUAAUAGAAAUUUUAACAAACUUAAUGGCGAUGAAAAUGUCAGAAAAGAAUAUUUAAUCUCCAAAGCUUAUGAAAUUAGAAUACAGGAUAAGAAUAAGAUUAAACAGUCCAAAAAUCCGGAAUCAUGUCAGUAUUAUAAUGCUAUUUUUCCUUCAAAUUUUGAAUACUUUGUUUUGGAAUGCCUUGGUCCAGGUAUCCCAACAGUUACCCUUUACAAGACUGAAAUGCCAAUGCCACGUUUUAUUAUAUUAUUACAAAAUAAUGCUCUUCUUAAAGAAAAGAUAGCAAAUUUGGCCCUCCCACAGAUCAAGACUUUUCCUGUACAAAUAAGCGGUGGCUACAAUGCUCAAGUAAAAUUAUAUCUUCCUCCUGGACUUCGAGAAGAUGAAAUUACUCGUUAUCCACUAAUAGUACAAGUCUAUGGUGCGCCAGGUACACAACUGGUUACUGACAUAUUCAAAAUUGAUUGGAAUACAUAUUUGGCCAGUAGAAAAAAUAUAAUCGUUGCACAAAUUGAUGGUCGAGGUAGUGGAGGUCAAGGCUAUCAAUUUUUACACGAGGUUCAUAAUAGACUAGGCACAGUGGAAGUUGCUGAUCAAUUAGAAGUCACUGAAUACUUAAGAGACUCGCUGCAUUUUGUGGAUAAACGACGUGUAGCAAUUUGGGGUUGGAGCUAUGGUGGAUUUGUUGCUGCUCAUGCCCUCGCGCAUCCUGAUCAGAAGGUUUUUCAUUGUGGAAUCAGUGUAGCCCCAAUUGUAUCAUGGAAACUUUAUGAUUCUGCUUAUUCAGAAAGAUACAUGGGAUCACCCAAUGUUACAUCCAAUUAUCAAGGUUAUGCUGAAGCUGAUAUCUGUAAUAAAGUAGAGCAUUUAAGAAAUAAAAUGUUUUAUUUGGUGCAUGGUAUUGCAGAUGAUAAUGUUCAAUUUCAACAAUCUAUGACUCUUGCAUAUCAUCUUGCAAAAAAAGGCAUUCUAUUUCGACAACAGGUGUAUCCUGAUGUUGGUCAUAGUUUAGCUGGAGUGAAGGAACAUUUAUACUUAUCAAUGGCACAAUUUUUAGACGAUUGUUUUUCAAAACAAAUACCAAUCGAUUCAAAGGCUGGUUUAAGUAAUGGGGGGUCUGGGAGUCAAUAAAAAUAAUGUGAUAAAUAUUAUAUAAUUUUAAGUAGA